UUGCUCCGCAUACUGGAUUGAUUAAUAGCCGAGAACUUGACUUCGGCAUGUCGUUGUUUUUAAACAUUUCUUGUUUGAGAUAACACUGUUACACAGUGUGGGAAUUAAAUGGUAGACGUCUGGUCGUCGGCCGAAGACAGGAUCCUCGGGGUAGCGCUCACUGCGGUGACGCUGCGCCACUUUAACCGGGCCCUGUCUGAUACCUAGCCUCACAGCUAACACAGGCUACAGGGCGAUCAACCACGCAAAUCUACGGAACACGUCAGGGAUGGAUUCACAGACUCUCGUGGACGAUUUGUCGCCAAAGAAGACCACAGUUCUCAAGCUUAGUAAUGGUCCUGUUGUGUCCCGCAAGCGUCCGUCAGAGGGGAACUACGAGAAGGAGAAGGAACACUGCAUCGCCCUGUUCGACCAGUGGUCGGAGGCCGACCAGGUGGAGUUUGUCGAGCGCCUGAUCUCCCGUAUGUGCCACUACCAGCACGGCCACAUCAACUCCUACCUCAAACCCAUGCUGCAGAGGGACUUCAUCACUGCGCUGCCAGCCCAAGGCUUGGAUCACAUAGCGGAGAACAUCCUGUCUUUCCUGGAUGCACGCUCGCUUUGCUCGGCAGAGUUGGUGUGUAAAGAGUGGCAGAGGGUCAUCUCUGAGGGUAUGCUGUGGAAGAAGCUCAUUGAACGCAUGGUCCGCACUGACCCGCUCUGGAAAGGCCUGUCUGAGAGACACCAGUGGGAGAAAUAUCUGUUCAAGAACCGCACACCAGAAGUCCCACCCAACUCCUACUAUCACUCCCUUUAUCCCAAAAUCAUCCAAGACAUAGAGACUAUUGAGGCGAAUUGGCGAUGUGGCAGACACAACUUGCAGAGGAUUCAGUGUCGCUCAGAAAACAGUAAAGGGGUUUACUGCCUCCAGUACGACGAUGACAAGAUCAUCAGUGGCCUUAGAGACAAUUCCAUCAAGAUCUGGGAUAAGCAGUCUCUGGAGUGUCUGAAGAUACUGACAGGUCACACAGGAUCAGUGUUGUGUCUGCAGUACGACGAGAGGGUCAUCGUCACCGGGUCUUCUGACUCGACUGUCAGGGUGUGGGAGGUCACGACGGGUGAGGUACUGAACACACUGAUCCACCACAACGAGGCAGUUCUUCACCUGCGCUUCGCCAACGGCCUGAUGGUCACCUGCUCGAAAGACCGUUCAAUCGCCGUCUGGGACAUGGCCUCUCCUACUGACAUCAGCCUUCGUCGUGUCCUUGUGGGACACCGAGCUGCUGUCAACGUGGUCGAUUUUGACGACAAAUACAUUGUGUCCGCCUCAGGGGACCGCACCAUCAAGGUAUGGAGCACCAGCACCUGUGAGUUUGUGCGCACUCUAAAUGGUCAUAAGAGGGGCAUCGCCUGUCUACAGUACAGAGAUCGCCUGGUGGUCAGCGGCUCAUCUGACAACACAAUCCGGUUAUGGGACAUAGAGUGUGGGGCAUGUUUGCGAGUGCUGGAAGGUCACGAGGAGCUGGUGCGUUGCAUCCGCUUCGAUAACAAAAGGAUUGUCAGUGGCGCCUACGACGGCAAGAUCAAGGUCUGGGACCUGCAGGCAGCGCUGGACCCACGAGCCCCUGCCAGCACGUUAUGUCUGCGCACUCUAGUGGAGCACUCUGGCCGCGUGUUCCGCCUCCAGUUCGAUGAGUUUCAGAUCAUCAGCAGUUCUCACGACGACACCAUUCUGAUCUGGGACUUCCUGAACGUCUCGACCAACGGCCAGUCAGAGGGACGGUCUCCCUCCCGUACCUACACUUACAUUUCUAGAUAGCAGGUGGCGCCAGCCACACACCCUUACUUGGAGGAAACCGGGGCUCUUUGGCUGAUGGGUGCUUCCAUCUUUUCUCCUUCCUCCUCGUCAUCUCUCUGUCCACCUUCCACCCUGCACCCCCCCGACACCUCGUCCUCCUGCCCGUUCUGACAGACUCUUGAGCUUGUGCCCAUUGCCUGCCAGUACUCUCACAUGCACACACAAACACACAGGCCAACACUGAUGAGGAUUCCCUACUACAGAACCAACGCAACUCCCCAAAGAAGUUCAUCUUCUGCUACUAAUUUAUGUUUUGUAAAGUACACUAAUGACAGUAUUAACUUAGACCUUAUAUAAGUCACAAACUCCCUUUUUUGUCCCCUUAAUACAAGCUAAUAGCAGCUUCUGCUGCUCAGUUUUCAACCCCAGGUUUCCACAGAAAUGGAAUCUCUUAUAGAUAUAUAUUUAUAUAUAUAUAUAUAUAUUACACACGCAUACACACACAAACAGUGGCACAGUUGGACAGAGGAUGACCGGAGCUGUGAUGCGGGAGACAGAGACUCUUUACUCGGCUCUAGAAAAAGAGGGAAGGAUGGGAGAUGAAGGGAGUGAAUGAGGGAGAAAUGUGAAUGGGAUGACUUCUCUGCUCCCUCUCACUCCCUCAGACUCCUCCCAGUCUCUCUCCACCCUCCCGUGCCCCCCCACGCCCCUCUAACCCCCAGAGAUGCACACUCGCUUGGAAUAUGGGGGCGCACACACUCAAAUUUGCGUGAGUGUUUGUGUAUGUGGACUUGUGAAGCGGCAGAACAGAGCUGAAGCGUCAAACAGACAGACAUGCAUGUGAGGUUGCCUUGGAUACAGCAUCCCGGUAACCUCUGCUUUUUUUUCUCUUUAACUCUUACUUUCUUACUGUUUUUUAUUACUGUUAUUUUCUCAUUUUAUUUGAGUAUUUUGGUUCUUAGUACAAAAAUCAUACUAAGCGUAGUCCUCUUUCUAUUUCCCUCUCUUACUGUCUUCUCCUCAUUCUUUCUUCUAACUUUGACCCUGUCCAUCUGUCUCUUCCACUCCAUCUUUCUCCUACCAUCAUCUACGUGCUUGCUUUGGUUAUGAGAGAAGCUGGAACUCAAGAGCUCAAAUUUAGCUGUAAACGGAGUUGUCUUGUCAAAAAUUGUGUUGUAUAUUAAAAAUGAUUUUUUAAAGAAGAAAAUGACCUUAUUGUGAAUAAAGUACUUGACAGUGGUGGAGUGUCGAACCAACUGUAACAUGAA